AUUUUAGGGUGCAGACGUGUAACUUGUAAACCUUUUACACAGUUCAAAAUGAACACUGUUUAUACGAUUCUUAGGCAUUUUGUCAAACUUUUUGUAAUUUCUAUAAUUAUUAGUAGUGUACAAUGUUUCGACUACGAUUUUACAUAUAUUAUACCGCCCGGGCAACGAGAGUGUUUUCACCAACCCGUCAAAGCUGAUAAUACACUCGAUUUUGAGUUCCAGGUUAUAGAAGGUGGUGCUUUAGAUAUUAAUUUCAUGUUGAGAUCACCAACAAAUAAAGUAUUAGCCUCUGAUAUCAGAAAAAAUGAAGGUGGUCAUGAAGUUCAAACCACAGAAACGGGAGAUUAUUUGUUUUGUUUUGACAACACCUUUAGUAGAAUGUCACACAAGGUUGUCUAUUUUGAAGUAGUAGUGGACAGUGAAGACUAUGAAUUUGAAAGAGCCAACUGGGAAGGUGACUUAUUGGCUGACCAGCUUAUAGAUAUAAAACUAGAAGACAUGCAGGAAUCGCUCAGCAUGGUUAAAAAGCAUUUGAAAGAUGCCCAAGCUCACCAGAGAGUGUGGCGUAACGUGGAAUUCCGUGAUCGUUUCAUGGUGGAGCGUAACUUUGAACGUGUAAAUUUCUGGUCUUUGGUGAAUACAGUCAUUAUGCUGAUUACUGGUGUUAUCCAAGUUGUGAUGAUAAGAAGUCUGUUUGGUGACACUAGGGCAGUGAAAACAUGAGAGUGUGGAUAGUACUUAACUUUAACUGUCUGGCCUCAAAUGUGUAUAAUUCAUCCAUAUUAUAUUUCUUGCUAUAUAAUUGGGAUGACCUAUAUUUGAUUUCUCUGAAUGUGGUCUGUGGUGGAUCAUUAUUGCUUGGUCAGUCAGAUUUCUACUGUGUAUGUACCAGUACCGGUAAAUAAAAAAAAAUGACACAAAAAUAUGCAAGUGAAAAAAGUUAAAAUUUUCCAGUGAAGGAAGGAUGGUACAAUAUAAACUUUAAUGUUUUAUGUGAAUAGUCUUAUGUACAUAAAACCCUGAGAUGUACGUGUGUAAAAGUUGGAAUACACAUAAUGCCCUCCAGUACAUGCCUCGAUUUCAUCUGUACAGUCUUCUGUACAUUAUGGAAGUUGUUUGUAUAAAUGCUUCCAACUUUCGAUUCAUAUUUAAUCAUCAAAUAUUCAGCUCUGACUAAUAAUAUUAAUUCUUAGUUUUGUGCAUUUGAUAAAUUUAGUAGCUAUUUGCAGUUACAAUACUUUGAAAUUCGUAACCUUCUAACCUACCCUAACGACAUUGGUGUAAAUACAGAGGGUACAACACUCGUGACACUAAUAAUAUACUGUAUGUAGAGAAUCUGUUCAGCAAAGAAGUAAGAUUGGAUUAAAUUUUUUCUUUGUACAACAAUCAAAGUAGUAGGGUUGUCACUUGCCCAUGCGGGAAUACUCCAGAGGUACGAUAACACGCGCUAAAACACAAAGGCUCAUGGGUAGACGCUUGUUUGUAAACAAUAACACGCUAUGCAUGUGCAGGUGAUGACUCCUCGUCUUAAAGUUCAGCAACAUUGAUCAGUUUAAAAUCUGUAACACAUUGCUGAUUGAUUGUUUAUGAACAUUAAUAUAACUUGUGAGCACAUGUACAUGUAUCAUAGUGUAAUCUAUGGAAUCUAUGCAAUUAGCAUGUUAUCAGUUUACGUCUUUUGUGUUGUCCUCAAGUAUAGAUUCAGUGUACCAUAUAAUGGAUAAGACUUUGAAAACUAGUUUCUAUUUACAUGUCACUAAUACCAUUAUGUUGAAACACAUGAUCAAGUUUAUUAUACCAGUACUAACAAAAAUAUAAAUAACUGCGGUUUGAUUUUACGCAUAUACCAUAUUUUCUCUAUAAGAGGAAUCCUCCAAGGAAAAAAAUGAACUUUUACAACUAUUAAGUUUGUUUUGACACAAGUUCAAAAUUCUUAGACUGCCUUCUAAAUAGUCAAUUAUUUCCUAUUCAAUCCUGCUAAGGCAUUUUUAGAAAAUUUUGCCUUAAAUUUUUGGUGUUUCAAGCCCCGUCUUUUUAUAUUGAUAUCCUAUGCAAGCAAUAGAGGAAAUAUGGUACCCGAAUUUGUGCAUUUGUCGCUUUUCCUUCACUCUUGCAUGCUUAUAUUUUAUAGAACGAGUGCAUGUUACAAUUCUUGUCCACAGCCAUUUAUUGUUGCUGUUUACUUUGUGAUUUUUCUACACUUGGCACAAGGUGUCCUGUUUUCAAGCUUCCUGGGAAGAGGAUACAAUGUGGUAUCACAAAGUAAACAUUUAUAGCAAUUUGAGGGGGGUGCAAGAUAACUUGAUUUUACUAACGUUUUUUGAUGUGGCACAUCUACUUGAGGUUGGCAUUAGUGAUAAUUUUUUUGUAUGGUUUUGGUAUGUAAUUCUUUUUUGGAAGUUUGUAGAAAAUUAAAGAUGGAUUAGU